AUGGAAGUAAAAGAUGUAAUUCAAAGAGGGAACACAUUGCAGGCCAAGUUUGGCGUAACAAACUAUAACACACCAUUUGCCACAAAGACCAGUCCAGACUAUGUAAUAAGCGGAACAGCUGUAUUUCAGGUCAAAGUAAUUGCAGCACAAGUAAACAAUGGUCAUACAAAUGUGUACAAUAACUUGAUAUUUGUUAGAUUUGUCAAACUUCGCCAAGACGAUGACUUGACUUAUACUAUAAAAUUUUCAAGCAAUGAAUUGGGAAUAGUAAACAAGAGUUUCAUAAGUGAUGAUGGUACGUGGCAUUUAGUUCAUGACAAUAAAAGACAACAAUACUCUUUUGAUGUAACCGUGCAUAUGGAUAUAGUUCCUAGUGCUAGUUCCUUUGCAAUGCUUCAUGAAGACACAGAAUUAACUGACUUUGAGCUGAGAGGAGAGGAUGGAUCAAUACGCAUGCAUCGUGCAGUGCUUGCAGCUGCCAGCCCAGUGUUAAGACGAAUGUUAGGAGGUACUUGGCGGGAGGCUGCAGAAGGUCAUGUUGAUGUUCCUGGCACUUCUAGAGCUACACUGCAGAACCUCAAAGAUUAUAUUUAUUUGCAUAUUUUACCCAAUGUUGGCCUAGAGCAGUUGCUGCUCUUGGCAUCAUAUUACAUGAUGCUCGAUUUAGAGCAAAAAUGUGUUGAUAAGCUAGUCAGUAUGUUGACUGCAGAAAAUGCCUGUGAUUUGUUAGAGUUUGCUGCCAAACAUAAAGUCACAAGGCUUCUGCUGGCAAUUUUAGAAUGUGUACAAAGUGGAGCAGUGCAGGUGAAUGAGAUGCGUGAUCAUUUUCUUCGAGGCAAAUGA